GUAGGUAGAAAAGAAACCCAACGAUUGUGUUAAACUGUACGAGAGGGUGGAGUGUUCCUUUAAUAGCCUAGAUCCGCCUGAAAUAUUUGUUGAAAUAUUACAAGCUUUAGUAGGAGGAUACACUGAAGGCCUUAAAUAACAGGAGCACAAAAACACCAGUCACCAGCUCUGUUGAACAGGAAAGUAAAAUGGCACUGUAUGAAACUCCAGCUAGGCUACUUGAUACAUUCAUAAUGAACAAUCUCCAACCAGAUGAGAGAUUCCUCUCUCAAGUGCGGACAGCUGUUAAUAUUAUAUGUGACUUUCUGAAAACAAACUGCUUUAAAAACUCGGGAAGCAAAACCAAAGUGAUAAAGGUGGUUAAGGGUGGAUCCUCCGCAAAGGGAACAGCAUUAAAAAAUGGAUCAGAUGCAGAUCUUGUUGUCUUCCUUAACUGCUUUAACAACUACAAAGAUCAGAAUGCAAACAGAAAGGAAAUCCUAAAUGAAGUAACAGCCAUGCUAAAAAAAUGUCAGGAAGAAAAACGCUUUGAUGUAGACAUUGUUCCCAAUAAAUGGCCUAAUCCACGAGUUCUUAGCUUCAGCAUAAAAUCCAAAGAACUGUAUGAAUCAAUUGAAAUGGAUGUCCUGCCAGCUUUUGAUGCCUUAGGUACAGCAAAAAUAAAAGAGGGACUGUGGGGCUAAAGGGAUCAGAAUGAUUGAACUGUAAAUUUAAUUUCCAGACAGUCCAUUUAAAAAAAGUGGUCACCAAACCUUGGAAAGUUAGUUUUUAAAUCUUUCUGAUUGUUGACUUCCUUAUUGAGCUUUAUAAUCGCUUUUUGUAAAGAAACAGAUAUCACUAUUUACACUAUAGUCUGAUAAUGUGGUGGACUGAUUUCAUUCUGUCUUCUGUAAGCUUAAAAACUUUAUAGGUCCUCAGAAGUUGAAUUCCUGUAGAACAGCUGAUUUAAGAACUCAAUAAUUAUUGCUUUCUUUAAAUAGUACUAGGCAUGCAUUACAGCUAAUUGAUGCCUAUAGAACUUUCUAUCAAAACUGAAGUAUUUUUUAUUUUCAUGUCCUGUUACUGAUUCUAACUACCAUAUUUUUAACAGCUGCUGCAUUAUAAAUAAAUGUACAGAGAAGUUUGAGGGAA